AUGACUGAAUCAAAGACACCAGCAAAGGCAGCGACGGCAGCGACGGCAGCGACGGCAGCAGACAGGGCUGUCGACGAUCCACUGACCACGUGGAAAGAGGAUGCGUCGAAGCAAGAUUCCGCAAAGACCAUCGAGAAUGGCGAUGACCGGGUGGAAGAGGCAGACGAGGCUGGUCAGGACGAACCUGGGCGAGAAGGGGAUGAUGAUGAUGGUGAGGAGGGAGAUGAGGGAGAGCAAGAGGAAGAGUGCGAGUACGAGUCGUCGGCGGAUCAAGACGAAAGCGGACAUGUGGGACUCUCGUACCUGUUGGAAGAUCACGACGAAGACGAAUCGGAAGAUGAGGACUUUCACGAAUCCCAAGAGGACGACAACGAAGACGAUGAUCCAGAAAUUCAAGAAUCGGACGAGGAGGACAGUACACCAGCCUCAUCAAGUGCCAAACGCAAACGUGCACCUGGAGCUGCCGAAACCGACGCGAGCAAGCGGUCUAAGUAA